AUGGCAACGAUCAAUGCUCAAAGCAUCUUUGGCGUGGCUGCCGUCUCCGAUGUCGUCUUCCAAUGUGGCGAACGCAGCGUCCCAUGUUCACGGGCCAUCCUCACGGCAGCUUCUAGGCCGCUGGGAAAGCUCGUUGCGAGCGAUAGCGGCUUCAGGGAGGCCAAGCAAGAAGUCAUCGAGCUCGACGACGAUGACCCCGAAGCUGUUCUGGCCAUGCUCAAACACGCCUACAGCUUCCCGUACGGCGAUAUCGUCGGUAAGAACGAGGCGAGGCGCAAACCGGAGUUCCACCUUAGUGUGUACACCGUUGCGCACAAGUUCGAGAUUUCAGGGCUACAAAGAGAUGCGUUGAGGGCACUUGACGACUCACUUGAGAAGAUUGAUCUGGAUCGUCCCUCGAGCCGAGCUAAACACGAUGUGGAAUAUGUGUUCGACCUCGUGAAGUUCCUUGCGCAGCACAAAGAUUUCGACACUGCCUUUGUCAAUCGAAGCAAUGCCAUGAUUGAGAAGAACAUGUCUGGAUUGGUCCGGCUGAAGGAGUUUCUUCUGUGGAUAGUUGAGGAUGGCAACCCAGCUAUCGACUGUCUCGGUAGAGCUGUGGAUCGCCGCGCCAAACGGAGGAUACACAAGAUCACAUCUUGCCGUGAGUGCGAUCAGGUGUGGACGGAGACCGGAACGCUGGAACAUCGUUGCACCCGUCAAGCGACGAGAGUGGACGCCGUUUCUUGCGCAACAAUCAGCUUGAGCGUUGCUGGCAGUGAAGUGUACUGGAUGCAGCAGACGGCGCCUUCGAAGAAACAACAACACGCUGUCGCACCACGCUGA